AUGCCGGGGUUCGGCGGGGCGGUGGACGAGCAGCAGGCGGCGGGGGUGGGGAUCCUGCUGCAGAUAUCCAUGCUGGUGCUCUCCUUCGUGCUCGGCCACCUCCUCCGCCGCCGCAAGUUCUACUACCUGCCCGAGGCCAGCGCAUCCCUCCUCAUCGGAAUGAUUGUUGGAGGGUUUGCUAACAUAUCAAACACUCAGAAAAGUACAAGGAGAUGGUUCAAUUUUCGGGAGGACUUCUUCCUUCUCUUUUUGCUUCCUCCAAUUAUAUUUCAGUCAGGGUUCAACUUAGCACCAAAACCAUUCUUUUCAAACUUCGGUGCCAUCAUAACUUUCGCAAUCCUGGGAACCUUCAUUGCUUCCAUUGUUACGGGUCUUCUAGUCUACCUUGCCGGGUUAAUAUUCAUCAUCUAUAGGUUGCCUCUGGUCGAAUGUAUGAUGUUUGGUGCUCUUGUGUCGGCAACAGAUCCUGUAACUGUUUUGUCUAUAUUUCAGGAACUUGGCACCGAUGUGAACCUCUAUGCUCUUGUUUUUGGAGAAUCGGUUCUAAAUGAUGCUGUGGCUAUAUCCUUGUACAGGACCAUGGCAUCAAUGAGGACAAGUUCUUCCGGCCAGAAUAUUUUCCUAGUUAUCUUGAGGUUUCUUGAGAACUUUGUUGGUUCUAUGUCAUCAGGUGUUGGAGUUGGGCUUAUUUCUGCUCUCCUCUUCAAGUAUGCAGAACUUGGCGUAGAGAACUUACAUAAUCUGGAGAGCUGCUUGUUUGUGCUUUUCCCUUACUUCUCGUACAUGUUAGCUGAAGGCCUUGGCCUGUCUGGCAUUGUUUCUAUUCUCUUUACCGGGAUUGUGAUGAAGAGAUAUACAUUUUAUAACUUGUCAGAAGAUUCUCAGCGUUUUACUGCUCGUUUUUUCCAUUUGCUUUCAUCACUAGCAGAAGCAUUCAUAUUCAUAUACAUGGGGUUCGAUAUUGCAAUGGAACGUCAAAGCUGGUCUCAUAUUGGAUUCAUAUUUUUCUCAAUUGUCUUCAUAUUAGUCGCAAGGGCUGCAAAUGUCUUCUCUUGUGCAUACAUAUUAAAUUUGGCACGACCACCUCAUUCCCAAAUACCUAGGGAAUAUCAACUGGCCCUCUGGUAUAGCGGGCUUAGAGGAGCUAUGGCUUUUGCCCUUGCUCUUCAGUCAGUUCAUGAUCUUCCUGACGGGCACGGGGAGACAAUUUUCACCGCUACGACAUCUAUUGUUGUUCUAACUGUACUUUUGAUCGGAGGUUCAACUGGAACAAUGCUUGAAGCCCUACAAGUAGUCGGGGAUAGUAACUGUUAUCGACACCCGUACGAGGAGAAUUUUGAGGGGAGCAGUGAGGAAGGGACACCUAGUAAGAGCAAAUUCCAAUUGAAACUCAGAGAUCUCCGGAGAAGCACUUCCUCGUUUGCUUUAUUGGACAGGAAUUAUCUCACUCCCAUUUUUACCUCUCAACACGAGGACGAUGAUGACGAUGACGACAACGACGAUGAUUCUUUUGCGUAA